AUCGAGGAAAAAUUGGCUAUUGGACAAUGUCCAGCGAAGCAUCCGGAAGUAUUACCAUCAAAGAAGAAGCAUCCACGAGCGGUACCGCCACCAACAUUCCCGUAGAAUCCGGCGAAGCAGAGGCUAAGAAACCCGAGAUCGGAGCUGACAAGGCGGAAUCGCAUACCGAAGCCGAGGGCGGGAAGGCGGCGGAGACGACGGAGACCCACUUGAAGCGGCUGCAGAAUCUGCGCAAGGAAUUGGGCUACCUCAGCGAAACCGACUGGAUGUACGAGAGUCUCGACAAGAAAGCAGCGCAGUAG